AUGAUGGAUCCGCCGCCGCCCACGUCGGAGGAGAAGAAAGACCACUCGCUGUCCCUGGAGAUCUCCCUCCCCUCGCCUCCCCCGGCCCGGCGGGGUCCCGCCGGCGCCGCCAUCCACUUCAGUCGCCUCCUCCCCAACGGCCCCCCCGCCAACGCGGUCCUCUCCACCUGGCUCGAGGUUCGCCUCUUCUACGUCCGCAUCACCCCCUGCGCUGCCGACGCCGUGCCCCCCCGCCUCACCCUCUCCCACCUCCGCCGCGAGAUGGGCGCUGCGCUCGAGAUCAACGGAGCCCGCGUCCCCAACUCCGAUCCUACCUCCCUCCCCCUCCGCCGCGAUCGCCUCGACCGCGACGCCGCGGAGGUCACCUACGUUAGCACCGAGGGCGUCCGCCUCACCGGGGCCGUCGAUUUCGAGGUUUGCGAUGAUUGGGGCAAUUUGAUCCUCUGUGGUUCUUUGGAGAGGGUGGAGGCUCCGUGGAGCAAUGGGGUAAUUGGAUUCGACAACCAUUCAGGGUCGUGUGAUAAGGAUCCAAAGACCGGGUGGAGCAUGGAUUGCUAUUCUGUCGCAUCGAUUUCUUCCUCUGCGUUCAUGCAACCCAAGCUUGGGAUCUCGUCGCCGUCCAUCGAGGUCUAUGUGGCCGGGUGCUAUGCAGGGGUUCCUUUGAUACUCACACAGACCGUUCAGCUCAGCCCGAGGCGGAAGGCCGUGAGGCCGGGAGCGCUGGAUGCGAUACCGGAGGGUGAAGAGACUGCUGGGAGGGAGCAGGGAAGCAAUGAAGGCUUGAUCCACGGCAGAACGCCAUCAUCUGUUACAGAAGAGAUUGAUGAAUAUGAUCCAAAUAUGAAGGUUGGUCAUAGCUACUACCCUGAAGGUUGGUACUCGGAUGAUGAUGGCCAAUUAACAUGGUUCAAUGCUGGUGUUAGAGUUGGUGUUGGGAUAGGAUUGGGAAUGUGUAUUGGGAUAGGAAUUGGUGUUGGACUCCUCAUGCGAUCAUACCAGGCAACUACCAGAAACUUCAGGAGGCGAUUCUUCUAACUUCAACCAGAAUGCAUGACUUUGCUUUUACAACCAAUUCUCCUUGCCAUGAUGCUCCUAGAAAAUUUUGACCACAUAAGAAGCUUCUUUGAUGCCUCCUGUGCCCCCGGCACAAGGUUCGGCACCAAUUGUAUAGUUCAUGGUUUGUUGAUCAGUUGGGUUUUCUGUAAAUGCUCUGCAGUAGAGCUGUUCUGUGUAUCAUUUGUGUCUGCUUGCACUUUGCUUCUGAAUGAGAUCGUUUUUGUGGACAGAUAACUUGUCUGACCAGACCAAACAAGACUGCACUUUGUGGGUUUUAGAACAGAAGAUUUUUUCUGUUAUCUUCCUGUUAGUUCUGAGAAACUUUAGAGAGUUGAAUUCAACAAUGGACAAGGUGACUUAUUUA